CUGCGGCGGGGCCCCAUGGGCCUGGGGCACCCGUCGGGCCCCCGGGGGUAGGUUCGCCCCGCCGCCAUGUACACCUUCGUGGUGCGGGACGAGAACAGCAGCGUCUACGCGGAGGUCUCCCGGCUCCUCUUGGCCACCGGGCAGUGGAAGCGCCUGAGGAAGGACAACCCCCGCUUCAACCUGAUGCUGGGCGAGAGGAACCGGCUCCCCUUCGGCAGGCUGGGCCACGAACCUGGACUUGUGCAGUUGGUGAAUUAUUACAGGGGAGCAGACAAGCUGUGCCGCAAAGCAUCCCUGGUGAAGCUAAUCAAGACAAGCCCUGAGCUAUCAGAGUCUUGCACGUGGUUUCCCGAGUCAUAUGUGAUUUACCCAACUAACUUGAAGACCCCCGUGGCUCCGGCGCAGAAUGGAAUUCACCAUCUUAUAAACAACACGAGGACAGAUGAGAGGGAGGUCUUCUUGGCAGCUUACAACAGGCGUCAGGAAGGCAGAGAAGGCAAUGUGUGGAUUGCCAAGUCCUCAGCUGGUGCCAAAGGGGAAGGGAUCCUGAUUUCUUCAGAGGCUUCAGAGCUCCUGGAUUUCAUUGAUGAGCAGGGACAAGUGCACGUGAUUCAGAAAUACCUGGAGAAGCCUCUUCUUUUGGAGCCAGGGCAUCGCAAAUUUGAUAUCAGGAGCUGGGUUCUCGUAGAUCAUCUAUAUAAUAUCUACCUCUACAGAGAGGGUGUCCUGCGGACCUCUUCCGAACCAUAUAACAGUGCUAAUUUCCAGGACAAAACCUGCCACCUGACCAAUCACUGCAUUCAGAAGGAAUAUUCCAAAAAUUAUGGGCGGUAUGAGGAAGGGAAUGAAAUGUUCUUUGAAGAGUUCAACCAGUAUCUGAUGGAUGCCCUGAACACAACGCUGGAGAAUAGCAUCUUACUGCAAAUCAAACACAUAAUAAGAAGCUGCCUUAUGUGUAUAGAGCCUGCAAUCAGCACAAAGCAUCUUCACUACCAGAGCUUCCAGCUCUUUGGCUUUGACUUUAUGGUUGAUGAGGAGUUGAAAGUCUGGCUCAUAGAAGUCAAUGGGGCUCCAGCUUGUGCCCAUGUACAGAUCCGUGCUGGUGGAGUGACAUAUGCCAGGAAAGCAGCCGGGGCGUAGGAAGAUGGAGUGUCCUUCAAGGAAGCAGCGGACAGCCAGGAGACUCAGGAACAUCUGCCCAACUCUUAAGGCCUUUUCUUCCCCUGUUUUCAUCUGGGGUUGCACUGUGGUACGUUACCACCUGGCUGUUUCUGCUGCACCCUUAAAAGUACAGCUUCUGUUCAGUGGUAAAGCCAUGACUACAGGUGGUGCAGGUGCUUAUUAUCUGUAUUUCAGCUGGGUUUCGGGGAGCUGGUGAUUCAGGGACACUUUGAUCAUUGCUAUCUGUACUGAAUUCUUAAAAAUAAGCAACAGCUGCUGGAGAAAAACAGCAGGUACUGCCUGCGACUCUUUACCAACUGCCCUCAACAUGCUUAUGAGGUAAAGUACGGGGGAAAAUGAUAGAGGACAGACAGCAUAGUGCCUCAGCUCUUGUCCAAUAUAUUAACCAAGCAGGAGAGGACAUGCGUGUGGCUGAGGCCUGAGCACUGCAGCUGUGGGUGCGCCUUGCAAGCAAUGCUCACAAACCCUUUGGAGACUUUGGGUUGUUUGUUUUUUUAUAAAAAUGCAAAAACAAAUGUUUUCUAGCUCAUUUCAGCUAAAAGGUCAAUAGAAUAGGUCUUAGUUUCUUUCCUAAGCUUUUGCAAAGGAUGGUGCUGGGUUUCAAGAAGAUACCCUCCGUAUGGCAGGAUGUCUCUAAUCUUUGUUCAGUGUCAGCCAUGAAGGAUGUAGGACCCAGGUGCUCUGGCUGUUGACCAGCAGGGUCUGAUCCAGUUGGACCCUGGGUAUCUGCAAACUCCCGUGUGGCAGCAACAGCUCCUGUGCUCCUACCGAAGGCCAUGAAAAACACCGGAGAAGUCUGUGGAGGUCUUAUAUGCUGCUUCACCUGGCUGCUGUGCCCUGUUGUCAUCAGUGCCCUUUAGGACUGCUUGCACGUCCCCCAUCCUAGCAUUCAGUGUUCUCUGCACGCAGCUUUCCCUGAGGAGCUGCGCAGCGCCAUACAUGUGUUAAUGGUGGUGUCUCAUUCCCAGUGUCAGCUACUGCAGAGAGCCAUGGCUCGGAGAGCAGCCGAUGCCGGGGGUGCGUGGGACGCUCCUGCUACGGCUCUGGGUCUCCCUGCUGGUCUCCUGCACGUCAGCAUGCACGUGUACAGCCGGCGGGGCUCCCAGCUCGUGCUUUUCCAGCCGCUGUGUUAAUGUCUGUCCUCAAGCAUCAUUAAAACGAGCAAAUCUC